GUCGGCUCACAAACAACACGUGCAAACCGGUGAAUAAUAUGUUCAUCGAAUAACAAAUCAUGUACUCACGUACAACACAAGUAUUUUCUAGAGUUGGUGGUCUUCAGAGUUCAUGGAAUCCAUGGCAAAUGUCAGUAAUCACGAAACAAAUUGUUCGCGGUCGUGAAGGUUAUUAUGGACGCGGUAUUCCGAGGCCACCCUCUAAAUCGAAAGAGAACUACGUCCGCAAACCAACUCCAAGGGAUCCAUGGGAGACGGAGUUUUUAGAAGAAGCGCUCCCACGGUAUUUAACAGAUAUGAAAUCUAUCAGCGUAAUGUUUCAAGAGGAAUUGCAGGGUAAAUUAGCGGGAAUGAGUUUAGAAGAUGUAUAUGCUCGAGAACACGAAGAACAACAAUUAGGCUUAGAAUGGAAUAGACAAGAAAAUGAACGUGUUCGUCUCAUUAGAGAAGCACGACAGGCCAGAGAAGCAGCAGACAAACAGAAGGCCAGAGAGUUAGGAUGGACAUUAAGAGAUGCAUUCAGAGAGAGACUGAAAAAUGAAAGAGAAAAAAUUGUUGAAACAGAAAAAGAGGCUAGUAAGUCUUUUAUCACCUUGGAAACUUUAGAAGAAGCUAUUGAAAAAGCACUUGCCGAUGUGAAGGACUACAAUUUUGCCAUUGACAGGGAUGGAAACAAAAGAUACAAGACAUUCGUUCCUGUUAAAAUGUUGUCUGAACAAAGUAAAACUUCAGAAGAUCCGGGACCAAGUCUUGAUACGACAACAUCAGACAGAUAGUUGGCUUUGGAGAUUCUGGAACUCAUGAUUUUUUUUAUAGUGUUUGUAUUAUCAAUAUUUGGUAUUUUUCAAGAAUGCUCGAAAAGUUGACAUACAUGUUAUAUGUUUGAAUAUAAACCUCAACGUACUGUUUAAUACUUUAUUUUAGCUGGAAUUAAUUUUCACUGAGAAAACUUUUUGCGUGUUUUGCAUGGCAAUUAUUUUCACUGUUUUUUCACAAGUUGAAUGUAAAAUAUAGGGGAAAAGGUAUAUUCGGGAAAAGGUAUUUUACAGUAUUGCUUUCAUUAACAAUAUGCAUGCCAACUUUUGUCACCUUUAACAAACAAAAUUUGUUUACAAAAUUUUGAUCAAUAUCGGUACCUGUAGAUAGCGAAAACUUGGGUUCAUAAUGUAUAAAACUAACAAAGAAAUAAUGGAACAGUGUACAAAAUGUGGGGGGGAAUAAUUUUCCUGGAAUCAGGAAUACUCACUUAUGGGGUACUGUCACAUACGCGAAUCCUUUCAGUUUUUACUGAAAAUUUAGUAGUUUAAGCUCUACUAAUUUGUCUGUGAUAUAAAUAAAUUAUGAUUGUA